AUGUGGUCAUGCUAAACAGUUGCACAUCGUUUCCUCUUCCUGGACCUUUACCAUACAUCUUUUGUUCACAAUACAACAUAAUUUGAUUUCUGAUUAUGAUGUUUCCAUGGUGCCCCAUGUAUGUCUGCUUCUGCCCGGGCCUGUGUGCGUCUAACUCUCAGCUUGACCUCAAGACUGACACACAUAUUUCCCUCAGAUACAUGUUAAGGCACACUUUUAAUCAUAGUGAUAGGAAUACAUUCAUUGUGAGAUAUGUAAGCACACCCUUUAACUAAUGUGACAAGAAAAUACAAGUACUAUGAGAGGUUAAUCUACUACACUGGAAAGUUCAAUAUUGUGUCAUCAGCACAUUAAUGUAAAAAAGGUAGCUCAAGGGGUUAUAUCAGUCAUGUCAUUUUAAUGUGUUUUACUUUUUUGCAUGUUAUGUCAAAGAAUUUAAUCUAACAAAAUUCCCUAAAUAUAUCUUAAUUAUAGUGUGUCUCAGUUCUGGCUAAGAUCAAAAUGUUUUCUAAUGUGCAAAAUAUGUUUACAUGUUUCCUGCAGAUGUUAAGGAGAAGCUGAUUGUUAAAGAAGAAGCUUCUUUAGACCACAAACCCCUUGCCCACCUGCAUGACCCAAACCAAAUUAAAGGCAGAGAGCUUCCAGAAGAGAAUGAUGGAAGAGAAUCCAUCAAGAUACAAGAUCAUGGAGAUGCUUCCAUUUCUUCAGAGGCUGAAGACACUGAGGAGGAUGAAGAAGACAGUGAUGUAGAGCACCCUCUCUCUGAGCUGAAACACUUGUCAGACUCUGGAUAUAAGAAAUGUUUUACAAAGAAGAAUAAAUGUAGGAAAGGCCACACAGGAGUUAAGCUUAGCUGCAAAGACUGUUGCAAAACAUUUAUUAGAAAAUCAGCUUUAAACACACACAUGAGAAUCCACACAGGAGAGAAGCCUUUCUGUUGCGAUCUGUGUGGACAAAGCUUUAGUCGAAAAGGAAUUUUAAACAGACACAUGAAAAUCCACACAGAAGAGAAGCCUUUCUAUUGUGAUCUAUGUGGACAAAGCUUUAGUCGAAAAGAAAGUUUAAACACACACAUGAGAAUCCAUACAGGACAGAAGCCUUUCUGCUGUGAUCAAUGUGGACAAAGCUUUAGUCUCAAACAAAAUUUAAACACACACAUGAGAAUCCAUACAGGAGAGAAGCCUUUCUGUUGUGAUCUAUGUGGACAAAGAUUUAGUCGAAAAGGAAGUUUAAACACACACAUGAGAAUCCAUACAGAAGAGAAGCCUUUCUGUUGUGAUCUAUGUGGACAAAGAUUUAGUCGAAAAGGAAGUUUAAACACACACAUGAGAAUCCAUACAGGAGAGAAGCCUUUCUGUUGUGAUCUAUGU